AUGUACGGCACAUCCACCGGUCCUCAGACUGGUAUCAACACGCCUCGGUCCUCGCAGUCGCUGCGCCCACUCAUCCUCUCACACGGCUCUCUCGAGUUCUCCUUCCUCGUCCCCACCUCGCUCCAUUUCCAUGCCUCCCAGCUGAAGGACAGUUUCACCACAUCAUUACCCGAGCCCACGGAUGAAUUGGCCCAGGAUGACGAGCCAUCCUCCGUCGUGGAAUUGGUCGCCCGCUACAUUGGCCAUGUUGCUCACGAGGUCGAGGAGGGCGAGGACGACGCCCAAGGCAGCUACUUGGAAGUUCUGAAGCUCGUCAUGAACGAAUUCGAAAGAGCGUUCAUGCGCGGCAAUGACGUCCACGCCGUGGCCGCUGCCCUCUCUAGCAUUGUGGUCAAGAAGAACCAGGUCGUUCAAGCCUACUAUGCUGGUCGCGCGGCCGCCAACCGCCCCACCAAGCCGUACGACUCGGCACUCUUCCGUGCGGCUUCAGACGACGCGGCGGGCAUCUAUACCGUGUUUGGCGGCCAGGGUAACAUUGAGGAGUACUUUGACGAGCUGCGAACCGUCUACACGACCUACCCCUCUUUCGUGGAGGACCUGAUCGUGUCCUCCGCGGAGCUUCUGCAGACUCUGUCUCGCGAGCCCGAGGCGAGCAAGCUUUAUCCCAAGGGCCUCGACAUUAUGCGCUGGUUGCGAGACCGAGACACCCAGCCAGAUACCGACUACCUCGUGUCGGCCCCCGUCAGUCUGCCCCUGAUCGGUCUCGUCCAAUUGGCUCACUACACCGUGACCUGCAAGGUCCUGGGACAGCAGCCUGGUGAUCUCGUGGAGCGCAUCCGUGGUACAACUGGUCACUCCCAAGGUGUCGUCACCGCGGCCGCCAUCGCUACUGCGACCAGCUGGGAAUCUUUUGCCAAAGCUGCUCGCAAUGCAUUGACCAUGCUGUUCUGGAUCGGUCUGCGCAGCCAGCAGGCCUAUCCUCGCACUUCUCUGGCCCCCUCCGUGCUCCAAGACUCGGUCGAGAACGGUGAGGGCACUCCGACCCCCAUGCUGUCCAUUCGCGACUUGUCCCUCAGUGCGGUCCAGGAGCACAUUGAUGCUACCAACCAACACUUACCCGAGGAUCGCCACAUCGCCAUCUCCCUCGUCAACAGUGCUCGGAAUUUCGUCGUGACGGGCCCCCCUAUCUCCCUCUACGGUCUGAACUUGCGUCUCCGCAAGGUCAAGGCCCCCACGGGACUGGACCAGAACCGCGUACCAUUCACGCAGCGCAAGGUCCGCUUUGUCAACCGCUUCCUGCCUAUCACUGCUCCAUUCCACAGCCAGUACCUCUCUUCCGCCUACGACCGUAUCUUGGAGGACCUGGAAGAUGUGGUCGAGAUCCCCGCCAAAUCCCUUCAGAUCCCCGUGUUCAACACGAAGACUGGCGAGGACCUUCGCGAGCUCGGUGAUGAGAAUGCCGUGCCUGCUCUGAUUCGCAUGAUCACCCACGAUGCUGUGAACUGGGAGCAGGCCACUGUCUUCCCGGGCGCCACCCACAUUGUUGACUUUGGUCCCGGUGGAAUCUCUGGCUUGGGUGUUCUGACGAACCGCAACAAGGACGGUACUGGUGUUCGCGUCAUUCUGGCUGGUGAAAUGGAUGGUACCAACGCCGAGGUUGGAUACAAGCCAGAGCUCUUCGACCGGGAUGAGCACUCGGUCAGAUACGCCGUGGACUGGGUCAAAGAACAUGGCCCGCGUCUGGUGCAAACUUCUACUGGCGAGACCUAUGUCGAUACCAAGAUGAGUCGUCUUCUGGGCAUCCCCCCCGUUAUGGUGGCCGGUAUGACCCCCACCACCGUUGCCUGGGACUUUGUGGCUGCAACCAUGAACGCGGGCUAUCACAUUGAGUUGGCUGGUGGUGGUUACUACAAUGCGAAGACGAUGACUGCCGCUCUCAACAAGAUCGAGAAGGUCAUCCCGCCCGGACGCGGUAUUACCGUCAAUUUGAUCUACGUCAACCCUCGCGCUAUGGCCUGGCAGAUUCCUCUGAUCGGUCGUCUGCGCGCCGAGGGUGUGCCUAUUGAGGGUCUGACUAUCGGUGCCGGUGUGCCUUCCAUCGAGGUCGCCAACGAGUACAUUGAGACCUUGGGAAUCAAGCACAUUGCCUUCAAGCCCGGCUCUGGUGACGCUAUCCAGCAGGUUAUCAAUAUCGCCAAGGCCAACCCGAAGUUCCCCAUUAUCCUGCAGUGGACUGGUGGACGUGGUGGUGGUCACCACUCUUUCGAGGACUUCCACCAGCCUAUUCUCCAGAUGUACGGCCGUAUUCGCAAGCAGGACAACAUCGUUCUGGUUGCCGGUAGUGGCUUCGGUGGCGCAGAGGAUACCUACCCCUAUCUUUCGGGUGCCUGGUCUGCCAAAUACGGUUAUCCCCCAAUGCCUUUUGACGGUUGCUUGUUUGGUAGCCGCAUGAUGAUUGCUAAAGAGGCUCACACCUCAAAGAAUGCGAAGAAGGCUAUUGCCGAUGCCCCCGGUGUUGGCAAUGAUGAAUGGGAAAAGACCUACAAGGGUGCCGCCGGCGGCGUUGUCACUGUGUUGUCCGAGAUGGGAGAGCCGAUCCACAAGCUCGCUACUCGUGGUGUGUUGUUCUGGCAGGAGAUGGACCAGAAGAUUUUCAAGCUCGACAAGGCUAAGCGAGUUCCUGAAUUGAAAAAGAUGCGCAACUACAUCAUCAAGAAGCUUAACGACGACUUCUCCAAGGUCUGGUUCGGUCGCAACGCUGCCGGUGAAACUGUCGAUCUUGAGGACAUGACCUACGCCGAAGUUGUCCACCGCAUGGUCGACUUGAUGUACGUUAAGCACGAGUCUCGUUGGAUCGACGACUCGCUCAAGCGUCUGACUGGCGACUUCUUGCGCCGUGUUGAGGAGCGCUUCACCACCGCCAGUGGCAAGGCUUCGCUUCUCCAGAACUACUCCGAGCUGGAUACCCCCUACCCUGCCGUCGACAAUAUCCUGGCCGCGUACCCCGAUGCCGCCAAGCAGCUGAUUAACGCCCAGGAUGUUCACCACUUCCUGCUGCUCUGCCAGCGCCGUGGCCAAAAGCCCGUGCCGUUCGUCCCUGUUCUUGACGAGAACUUUGAAUACUUCUUCAAGAAGGACUCUCUCUGGCAGAGCGAGGACCUUGAGGCUGUUGUUGACCAGGAUGUCGGCCGUGUGUGUAUUCUGCAGGGUCCCAUGGCCGCUCGCUUCUCGAAUGUCAUUGAUGAGCCCGUCAAGGACAUCCUGGAUGGUAUCCAUAAUGGUCACAUCGCCGGCCUGCUUCGCGACGUCUACGGCAAUGACAAGUCCAAGAUCCCCACCAUUGAAUACUUUGGUGGCAAGCUUGUGGACAAUGUGGACGAGCGUGAGGCCGAGGGUCUCACCGUCUCCGAGGAGGCCAACAAGAUCAGCUUCCGCUUGUCCUCGUCCUCUACCGACCUGCCGAGCUCGGAUCGCUGGCUCCGUCUGUUGGCUGGCAAGACCUACUCGUGGCGUCACGCUCUUUUCUUGGCGGAUGUGUUCGUCCAGGGCCACCGGUUCCAGACCAACCCCAUGAAGCGCGUCGUGGCUCCUACCGCCGGCCUCUUUGUGGAGAUCACCAACCCCGACGAGCCAGCCAAGACUGUCGUGAGCGUGCGCGAGCCCUACCAGUCCGGCAAGCUCGUUAAGACGGUCGAGGCAAAGAUGAACGAGAAUGGCCAAAUUGCUCUGAGUAUGUUCGAGGGCCGCACUGCGGAAGGUGGUGUCGUCCCUCUGACCUUCCUCUUCACUUACCACCCCGAGGCUGGCUAUGCUCCCAUCCGCGAGGUUAUGGGAGACCGCAAUGACCGCAUCAAGGAGUUUUACUACCGUAUCUGGUUCGGUGACAAGAACGUGCCUUUCGAUACCCCUACUACUGCCACCUUCGACGGUGGUCGUGAGACCAUCACCAGCCAGGCUGUUGCUGAUUUCGUUCACGCUGUUGGCAAUACUGGCGAGGCUUUCGUUGAGCGUCCCGGCAAGGAGGUUUAUGCUCCCAUGGACUUUGCUAUCGUUGCUGGCUGGAAGGCCAUCACCAAGCCAAUCUUCCCCCGCACCAUCGACGGCGAUCUUCUCAAGCUGGUUCACCUGUCUAACGGCUUCAAGAUGCUCCCUGGAGCUCAGCCUCUGAAGGUUGGCGAUGUGUUGGACACCACUGCCCAGAUCAAUGCCGUCAUCAACCAGGAAUCCGGUAAGAUGGUCGAGGUCUGCGGUACGUUGAAGCGAAACGGCGAGCCCGUUAUGCAGGUCACCAGUCAGUUCCUGUACCGCGGUGCAUACACCGACUUCGAGAACACCUUCCAGCGUAAGGAUGAGGUGCCCAUGCAGGUCCACCUCGCUACCAGCCGUGAUGUUGCUAUUCUCCGCUCCAAGGAGUGGUUCCGCAUGGAUGAGUCCGAAACUGAGCUCUUGGGCCAGACUCUUACCUUCCGCCUCCAGUCCUUGAUCCGCUUCAAGAAUCAGACUGUCUUCAGCAACGUUCAAACCAUCGGUCAGGUCCUUCUGGAGCUGCCUACCAAGGAGGUCAUCCAGGUGGCUUCUGUCGAAUACGAGGCUGGUGUGUCUCACGGUAACCCCGUCAUUGACUACCUGCAGCGCAAUGGUACCUCCAUUGAACAGCCUGUCUACUUUGAGAACCCUAUUCCGCUCUCUGGAAAGACCGCUCUGGAACUGCGCGCCCCGGCUUCCAACGAAACCUAUGCCCGUGUGUCCGGCGACUACAACCCCAUCCACGUCUCUCGUGUCUUCUCCAGCUACGCCAACCUGCCCGGCACCAUCACUCAUGGCAUGUACAGCAGCGCCGCUGUGCGUUCGCUUGUUGAGACCUGGGCUGCCGAGAACAACAUUGGUCGUGUCCGUGGCUUCCAAGUUUCUCUCGUUGGCAUGGUUUUGCCCAAUGACAUGAUCACUGUUAAGCUGCAGCACGUUGGUAUGAUCGCUGGUCGCAAGAUCAUCAAGGUUGAGGCCAUGAACAAGGAGACCGAGGAGAAGGUCCUCACCGGUGAGGCUGAGGUCGAGCAGCCCGUGACCUCCUACGUCUUCACCGGCCAAGGUUCUCAGGAACAGGGUAUGGGUAUGGAACUCUAUGCCAGCAGCCCCGUUGCUCGUGAAGUGUGGGACCGUGCCGACCGUCACUUCCUGGAGAACUAUGGCCUCUCCAUCAUCGAUAUUGUCAAGAACAAUCCUAAGGAGCUGACUGUCUACUUUGGUGGCCCCCGUGGUAAGGCUAUUCGCCAGAACUACAUGGCCAUGACCUUCGAGUCAGUCAACGCCGAUGGUUCCAUCAAGUCCGAGAAGAUCUUCAAGGAGGUUGAUGAGAACACUGCUUCUUACACCUACCGUUCUCCCACUGGUCUCCUGUCGGCCACACAGUUCACCCAGCCUGCUCUGACCCUCAUGGAGAAGGCCAGCUUCGAGGACAUGCGCUCCAAGGGUUUGGUUCAGCGCGACAGCAGCUUUGCUGGUCACUCUCUUGGUGAAUACUCCGCGCUGGCUGCACUUGCCGAUGUCAUGCCCAUUGAGAGCUUGGUCUCCGUUGUGUUCUACCGUGGUUUGACCAUGCAAGUCGCUGUCGAGCGUGACGAGCAGGGUCGCUCCAACUAUUCCAUGUGUGCUGUCAACCCUAGCCGUAUCUCCAAGACCUUCAACGAGCAGGCCCUGCAGUACGUCGUUGAGGUUAUUUCCGAGCAGACCGGUUGGCUUCUGGAGAUUGUCAACUACAACGUUGCCAACAUGCAAUACGUCGCCGCUGGAGAUCUCCGCGCUCUUGACUGCCUGACCAACCUGCUCAACUUCCUCAAGGCCCAGAACAUCGACAUCCCUGCCCUCAUGCAGAGCAUGUCUCUCGAGGAUCUGAAGGCUCACCUGGUCAGCAUUAUCCAGGAGUGUGUCAAGCAGACCGAGGCCAAGCCUCGACCCAUCCAGUUGGAGCGUGGAUUUGCCACCAUCCCCCUCAAGGGCAUUGAUGUUCCCUUCCACAGCACAUUCCUGCGCUCUGGCGUCAAGCCCUUCCGUUCUUUCCUGCUCAAGAAGAUCAACAAGACCACCAUCGACCCCUCCAAGCUUGUCGGCAAGUACAUUCCCAACGUCACAGCCCGUCCUUUCGAGAUCACCAAGGAGUACUUCGAGGAUGUGUACCGCCUCACCAACUCUCCCCGUAUUGCUGCCAUUCUGGCCAACUGGGAAAAGUACGAGCAAGGCACUGAGAAUGCUGCCCGUGAGGCGUAA